UCUUUACUAAACCAUAUUGUAUACACAUUGAAAGAAAAUCAAAGACUUUCUCAUAAACAAGUUGAAUAUCAAUAUCAAGAUUCCAUCAAGAACAUUAGAUCUUUAUCAAUUGUGGAUGAUGAGGAUAAAAUAGACAGUUCUUUCGACUCCAUGACGAUGAAAGUAAAUCAAGAACACUCUCAUAAACAAGGUGAAUGUCAACAUCAAGAUUCUAUCAAGAACAUUGAAUCAUUGUCUAUAGUGGAUGAUGAAGAUAAAACAGACAAUUUUUUCAUCGGAUCGAAGAAAUUAGGGUUGUUAGGGAGUGAGAAAUUGAAGAGGCAUUGGAGAGAAGUUGAAGGUAAGGUUCUUGUACCAGAUAGAUGGGAACAUGAGGGUUCUUUGAGGGAAUGGAUGGAUUAUUCUUCUUUUGAUAAAAUAUUAGCUCCGGAGGGACUAAAAUCAGCUCGUGAAGCCUUGAUGUCUCAAGGAAAACGAGUGUGUUCAAGUUCAAGUUCAAGGUCAAGAAUGUUCGAGGUCAGAAGUAGAUAGUCAUGAGAAGAAAAAGAGAAAAAAAAUGUCUGAAGGGAAACAAGUGUGUUUAAGUUGAGCUUCAACAUCAAGAAUACUCGAAAUCUUGUAGCACCAGAAUAUAGAUAUUCAUCAGCUAGUAAAAUCAUAAAUUAGGAUAUUUCAAGAAUAAAAUCCUUAUCAAGGAGAUUUUAGAUCAUUGCUUGAAAUUUUCUUUUGUUUGGUGAAGUUAAUUGUUAAAGUUUUGGCACAUUUGUAUCAAUCAUGCCUUAUUUUGCAAUAAACAUAAGAAGUUAGGGGGCAA